AUGACCGUUGUCAGCCUCGUGAUGUCCAGCCGGCGCGGUCAAUCCGCAAGGAAGCGGCCUUUACGGCUACCCAUCAUCGCUCCCAAAGAUACCACUACCACGAGCACCGCGCCCGAUCUUUCCGCGCCCAAAAAGCCAUCUACGAGGCAGCAUCGUCUUCGCUUUCCACCCCGUUCCCGAACUGGUUGUUGCCGCAAGGUCAAGUGCGACGAAGUCCAUCCUCAGUGCAAUCAAUGUGCUCGUCUCGGCCAUGUCUGUGAUUAUCAACCCCGUUUGUGUUUCCGUGACGAUACCCGCCGCGUCAUGGAGCGUAUGCCAGAUGUCAAGAUGAACAGCAGUCUGGUUUGGAAUUCUCGGACAAGCACCCCGACCGCCCCGCGUACCUGCGAUAUGCUUCCGCCCUUCGUCAUGCUCGCCUCAGAUGAGGAGCGGGAGAGAAAAGCCCAGUCAUCUAUCCCGGGAACAUAUCAUGUUGUUGCUGUUCCAGAGAGCUUCUCUCAGUUGCCGGAGUACACGGAUGGGGCGGGAGAGGUAGAAUUAUCCAUGGUCUCCCUGGUUUCGGCCGUCGCCUCUGAAGGUGACCGCGUUGAAAACGACACGUGGGCCUACGGACCAGACGUAGUGAUCAUACACAGAUUCCGUGAUACAAGAAGACCUCAAUACUCUCACAGAAGAAGUCCUUCGCAAUCCCCAGAAUCCGACCCGGGGAGCUCAGUCUUUUCUGUUGCAUCGGCACCCGAACCGGUCUCCGACUUCGCAGGAAAUAGCUGGCAGCAUGUCCCAGAAAAUCUCGAUCCCGGCCAUUACGAUCUCAUCCUCUUGGACCAUUUCCGCCGUGUUGUUUGUGCGCAAUUGGUAGCCGGCGGUGGCAUGGCCAUUGGCCAUGGCUUGACUGCCGACCUUCUCGAACAGGAGGCUGCCGGCUUUCCUCCACUUUUUCAUGCAAUGAUGGCUCUAUCUGCACUGAGUCUUGCCCGUCAAGGGAACCACCACAAUUUCGACCCUUCUCAUUACCACCAUCAAACGAUAUCCACUCUACACAAUAGGAUACAAAGCCAUGAGCAUCUUGUGUCCGACGGAAGUUUCCUCUCACAUUUCUUGCUACUCGUAUAUGAGGUCGUGACUUCACAUGUUGCCAGUCCGAGUCUUUGGUCUCAUCAUGUCUCUCAACUACUUCAUAUCUCCUUGCUUCGGCAGUCGUUUCCCCGCGCAGAGCCCUUCCCUUUCGUCAUCUGGUGGACCUGCAACGUGGAUCUAUACGCGCUCCUCAGCGGUGCCGGUACGGGAGAGUACGUAAGAGCUGUACUCGACCAUCAGUUGCCCCUAGAUCUCAAGUCUCUCUUUCAUCCUCUCGGGCACAACGGCCCCAGCCUGCUAUAUGCUGAAUACGAUGGUAUACCUACACUUUCACGCCUAUACUAUGAUACCUUCAUACUUGCUAUUCGUCUUGGGCUCCUAUCUGUUGAGCUAAGAAAAGCGAAGGCACAUUUCUUUGACUCACAAGUGCAUUCUCGUCAGCAGGAACUGGAGCAUAUCCGCGAUGAUCUGGCUAGACUUUGGGAUCAUCAUGAGAUCCAAUACAUAAUCCAAAAUCAGGCCAGCCUUCCAAGGCGGUCGCAUGAUUUGCUUCAGCAGAUUUCUAUCCUGUUUCACACAUGUAUCCUCUUUUCCUUCACAAGCGUCUACCCUGGACAACGGCUUGGGUCCUGCGGUGUGUCGGAGGAGACCGUUCACCAUCACGCCACAAUCAUUCUCCAGAUCUCCUCAACGCUUCUGAGCCGAGAUCGUCGGGGUGACAAGCAGUUAAUCAUUUUCCCUCUCUUUUUGUCGGGAGCAGUUGCUGCCUCGAGCAGUCUUAAAAUGAUGGCUUUAGAAUUGCUUUCGGGUCUCGAGGAGACAGACGUAGGGUCUAGCGCAGCGACGGCGUGCCAUAUCCUGCAAGUCAUUUAUGAACGCCAAAUCCAACACUCCAGCCGCGGUGAGCACGCACAAGAGUUCAGCUGGGUCGAAGUAUUAUCCGAGCACGGGCUCCAACUAGUCAGUUACGGGUGA